CGGGAAAUUAUUGAAGUUGAACGGUUUGUUUUCAUUAUACUGCGACAGAAACGGUGACAUCAUGAAACCUCAGGUCUAUCGAAGGUGAAUGACUCGAAACUGUGCGCGUUCCCGCCCCUUGUGAGGAAGAGACCUUAAAAACGCUCGUCCCCGACCGACCCUCAUUAUAAUAAUCAAGGUGCGGCUUGGCAACAGGUGCUGAGAAAUUCUACCGUUUGCGUUUUAGAAGUGAAGCUGCCAAGUUGUUUUUAUAGUUUGCAGAAAGCAGCCGCUACUUUCUAAAACAAUUUUACAAAAAAGAGCUCUUUUUGAAGACAUUAAUUGUGUGAACGCGUGAAGGGCUGCUUUUCAAAACAGGUGGACAGUAAUUUCCUCUUCGUGCCAAUCAAACUAUUUGUUGUCUUUAUUAUACUACAAAGAUUAUUCAAGGUCAGUGACAUUCCUAAAACUCGGUUUGCUUCAAGGAGUUGAAAUGGCCAACUCGGGACUCCAGAUUUUGGGGUUUGCCCUGUCGCUACUGGGUCUGAUCGGGUUAAUUGUCGGCACAAUUCUUCCCCAGUGGAAAAUGUCCGCCUAUGUCGGGGACAACAUCAUCACAGCGGUGUCUAUGUACCAGGGAUUAUGGAUGUCUUGUGCAUUUCAGAGUACCGGCCAGAUCCAAUGCAAAGUCUAUGACUCAAUUCUGCAACUUGACUCUGCACUCCAGGCAACGCGUGCCCUGAUGAUUGUGGGCAUCAUUGUGACCGUGGCUGGACUGGGUGUGGCCACCAUGGGAAUGAAGUGCACCAACUGUGGGGGAGAUGACAAAAACAAGAAGUCUCGCAUCGCCAUGACCGGUGGCAUCGUCCUGCUGAUUGGAUCUCUGUGUGCAACUAUCGCCUGCUCGUGGUAUGCUAACAACAUCAUCAAGGAGUUCUACAACCCAUUCGCCCCUGUUAACUCCAAGUAUGAGUUUGGUUCAGCCAUCUUCAUUGCUUGGGCUGGAGCAUUCCUGGACAUAAUUGGUGGUGCCAUGCUCGCAGCAACCUGCCCCAAGGGCAAACCUAAGGCCAAAUACCCCAUCGCCUCCACUCGUCCCCCCAGCAGCAGCAAGGAGUACGUUUGAGUUUCAUGGAUGCUGUAGGGAAACUUAAGAAUCUACAGCGCAUCAGUCCAACUCAAAAUGACAUUUUGGUCCGUCAGUCCACUUUUUUAAAACUGUUUUUUUUUUUUCUCCAGGGUAUACCCUCAGUUACAAUAAAUCAGUAAGGAUGUAAUUAAGAGAUUGUUCUAGAGGACUGCUCAGGAUGUUUACUUGUAAGGUAGAGCAGAUGUUGAGUGUUGGCCUCAGACCUUUUUACAUCCCUUCACUUUUCCCAUUUCUAUUACUGUAGCCUACAUGGACAGGCCAGAUGACUAUGUAAUGAUGGGGCCAUCAUGCUUUGGUAUUACAUUACAACGGCCAACCAUACCACAAGCUGUUUUCGGAGCCAAUCAGGAAAUGCAAGCCUAUAUCUAGAUUUAUAAUGAUUACGCUAGCUACAUCAUUUUGAAUUAUACAACACACAUGACUCUGUCAAGACUUGUAAUUUCUGAAGGCCCGAGACUGUUCUCCCACAACUAAGAUUGUUGACUAUUUGCUGUGAUUCACUUAAUGCAAUUAUCAGCGGUAAAGGUGUACUCUCAUUUUGGCAACUUUUAAAAAAAUAACCUAAAAUAUGUAUGCUUCAAAAGGAUAAUAUGUAUUCUCCUUUUCCCAAGAGUAGUUUUGUAAUACUGCCACAUUUAAUAUUUAACUUUUUGAGAUUGUCUUCUGUAAAUAAAUCAAAUAAAAUGGAGACAAGUUGUGG